AUGGUACAAUCGAAUUCAGAAGAAGUUGAAGUAAAUUUAAACGGCAACAAUUCAGACACACUAAUUCAAUAUCACGAAAGUUCAACCUCUAACAAUGAAGAUUAUUUCUCAGCAGAUGAAGAGUUUGCAGUACAAUCUGAAGAUGAAGAUACUAUUAAUGGUUCCAGUGAUUCAAACGAUUUAACGGUAAUUUCAAAUACUAGCGAAUCUAAUGAUGUAGAACUUAUUACAGACCCACAAGUUAAUUUGAGAAGAUCUAAUCGUUCGAAUUUGGGUGUAUUGCCAAAGAGGUACGUAAAUUUAAUACAAAACGUUGAACCCAGUACAUACAAACAAGCCAUAGAAUGUAACGAAAAGGAAAAAUGGGUAGAAGCUAUGAAUGAGGAAAUGAAAUCAUUAGAAAACAACAAAACUUGGAAGGUAGUCCCAUUGCCCGAGGGACGAAAAGCCAUUGGAUGCAAGUGGAUUUACAAAAUAAAACGUGGUUCAGAUGGCGAAAUUUUAAAAUACAAAGCUCGAUUGGUUGCGCAGGGCUUUAGCCAAAAGUACGGUGUGGAUUAUGACGAAGUUUUUUGCUCCUGUCGUCAGACAGUCUACAUUGAGAAUGUUUCUAACAAUUGCUGGUUCUAA